GCAAUAUCGAUUCAUAUUGGCCAAGCUGGUGUACAAAUCGGUAAUUCAAUUUGGGAACUGUAUUGCCUUGAACACGGAAUCUUACCUGAUGGAAAUUUAGCUGAUACACGUCUCGCCUGUCCAAUUGAUAGCGACGAUAAUUAUCAUACGAUUUUUGAAGAAUGUGAAUCCGGACGAUAUGUGCCAAGAUCAGCUUUCGUUGAUUUAGAACCUUCGGUAAUAGAUGAAAUACGUGGGGGUAUUUAUGGAAAUUUAUUUCACCCCGAUCGAAUGAUCACUGGCAAAGAAGAUGCCGCAAAUUUAUACGCCAGAGGACGCUAUUCAGUUGGCGGAAAAAUUAUUGAAAAUUUAAUGAAUGAAAUAAGAAGAAUUUCAGACAAAUGCAAUGCUGUAACAUGUUUUAUAUUAUUUCACUCAUUUGGCGGUGGAACUGGCUCCGGUUUAACAUCUUUACUAAUAAAUCAACUCACCGAAGUAUACGAAAAAACUACAAAAUUACAAUUCGUAAUUUAUCCUUCGCCCAGAAUAUCAACCACUGUGGUCGAGCCAUAUAAUUCCGUAUUAACAGCGCAUUCUACGAUAGAUCUCUCUGAUUGUUGUUUUAUGGUGGACAAUGAAGCACUUUAUGACAUAUUUGAAAAAAAAUUAGACAUCGAAUGGCCCAGUUACAUCAAUUUAAAUCGAUUAAUAGCUCAGGUAACUUCGUCUUUUACCGCAAGUAUGAGAUUCGAAGGAGCGAUGAAUAUAGAUUUGAAGGAAUUUCAAACGAAUUUAGUACCUUAUCCGCGCAUUCAUUUCCCCCUUAUUACGUACGCGCCGAUAAUAUCCGUUGUAAAAGCCGAUCGUCAAAAUAUGUCCGUUAAAGAAAUAACCGUAGAUUCUUUUCAACCUGGUAACCAAAUGGUAAAAUGCGAUCCAAGAAGAGGCAAAUAUAUGGCUUGCUGUAUGCUGUAUAGGGGAGAUGUAACCCCUAGAGACGUAAACGAUUCCAUACAAGUGAUUAAAACCAGAGAAAACAUUAAAUUUGUCAACUGGUGUCCUACCGGAUUCCAAGUUGGCAUUAAUUACCAGCCACCCGUCGUUGUACCAGGUGGAGAUUUCGCUAAAGUAAGACGAGCUGUAUGUAUGAUAGGAAACACAACAGCGAUAUCAGAAGCAUGGGCUAGGUUAAAUUAUAAAUUCGAUUUAAUGUUCGCCAAAAGAGCUUACGUUCAUUGGUACUUGGGAGAAGGAAUGGAAGAAACAGAAUUCGCUGAAGCUAGAACAGAUAUGGCCGAAUUAGAAAAAGAUUACGAAGAAGCAGGCAAAGACACGAAUUUAUCCGGCAGUACGACUAGUAUAGCACCGAUAACCUCGACCAAACAUCCGACAGUUGCCAAUACCUUGGGAUCGUUUCGAACAAGUAGCUCAUCGCCAUCUCCAACCAUAGGUGAUGCAGGCGACGACCAAGAAGGCGACAGUCAAAACGAUCAACAUCUAGCAUCAACUACUACAGCAUCCAAAGUUGUAUGGCAACCUCAAGAAUUCGACCAAUAUACUCAUUAUUGAUUCGAUAUUAUGGUAUUCCCUCCCCUUUUAAUCGAUAUUUUUAUCGUGUUGUCACAAUUAAAUGUUUUAAAAUUAAAAUGACUGAUUUUUCUCACCAAUCAUCGAGAAAUAAAAUGACAGCUUGGACUUCUUCCUGUACAUUUUUGGUAAAAAGUGUUAUUCUAAGCUUCUAGUAUAUUAUCUGUAAAUAAAUGUGAGCUUUGAAUGUCGUAAUUAUGAAAUGAA